AUGUCCGCCACCAGGCCUGAAUUGAAAUUCUCUGACGUUUCAGAAGAAAGAGGGUUUUACAGAAAGUUUGUUUCAUUACCAGACAAGCCUACAUCUACAGUACGUGUUGUUGAUAGAGGAGACUAUUUCACUGUAGUCGGUAACGAUGCUGUCUUUGUUGCAGAAUCUAUCUAUCACACCAGUUCUGUAUUGAAAAAUUGUAAUGUUGACCAAUUGACAGCUAAGAGUUUUACAGAGCCUUGCCAAUAUGUAACAAUUUCGUCCCAGAUUCUGGCCAAUUUAUUAAAACAUUGUUUAUUAGAUAUUGGUUAUAAGGUAGAAAUCUACGAUAAAAACUGGAAAUUAUUGAAAAAUGCUUCGCCUGGUAAUAUUGAACAGGUCAGCGAUUUAUUGAAUAUUGCUAUUAAUACAUCUAUCGUCAUUGCAAGUUUGAAAAUACAAUUGAAUUCAAAGGAUGGUAAUAGUACACUUGGUAUUGCAUUUGUAGACACAACCACAUUAAAAAUCGGGAUGCUAGAUAUCGUUGACAAUGAAGUUUAUUCGAAUUUAGAGAGUUUUUUAAUUCAAUUGGGUGUUAAAGAAUGUCUAGUACAAGAUCUGAGCAAUAUCGAAUCAUCUAAGAAUGAAAUGAAAAAGAUCACCGGGGUUAUAGAUCGUUGUGAUUGUGUUGUUACGUUGGUUAAAAGCUCACAAUUCCAAGAAAAGGAUGUCGAACUAGAUUUAGCAAAACUUAUUGAUAAUGAGCUAGCAUUGUCUUUACCACAAAAGUAUUCAAACUUAGCAAUGGGUGCCUGUCAUGCUCUUUUAAACUAUUUACAAUUAUUGAAUAAUCAAGAAUAUCUAGGGAAUUUCGAACUAACCGAACAUUCAUUAAAAGAAUUUAUGAAGUUGGAUGCGAGUGCUAUCAAAGCAUUGAAUGUUUACACCCAGGGACCAGUACAACCAUUUGGCCCAUCUUCAGCAUCAAGUAUCUUUAAUACGUCAUCUAAGGGUAAAAUAACAUCAUUGUUUCAAUUAUUGAAUAAUUGUAAAACAAAUGCUGGUGUGAGAUUAUUGAACGAAUGGUUGAAGCAACCAUUAACCAAUAUCGAUAAUAUUCAUAAAAGACAUGAUUUAGUGGAGUGCAUGGUCGAUCAGCUGGAACUAAGGCAAAUCCUUCAGACAGAUUUUUUACCAUUAAUUCCAGAUGUUCGUAACUUAACUAAGAAAUUGAAUAAGAAUGGUAAUUUAGAGGAUGUUUUAAAAAUCUAUCAAUUCACCAGAAGAAUACCCGAUAUCAGUCAAUUGUUGCAAUCACACCUGGAUGAUAAUAGCGAUAUGAGUGAUGACCUACGUAAACUAAUAAAUGAAAGUUGGGUGGAACCAUUAACUAAUCAUCUGGAACCUCUAUCUAAGCUACAAGAAAUGGUUGAGACAACUGUAGAUCUUGAUGCAUAUGAAGAAAAUAACGAGUUUAUGAUUAGAGUGGAGUUUAAUGAAGAUUUGGCAGACAUUAAAACCAAACUCGAUGACGCUAAGGAUAAAAUUAAAGAAAUCCAUUUAGAAGCCGCUGAUAACUUGGGAUUUGACCCAGAUAAGAAACUUAAAUUAGAAAAUCAUCAUCUUCAUGGUUGGUGUAUGAGAUUAACACGUAAUGAUGCUAAAGAACUACGUAAACAUAAGGAAUACGUCGAGCUGUCAACUGUUAAAGCUGGUAUCUUCUUUAGCACCAGAGAGUUAAAAGAGAUUGCAAAAAAUACAUUUGCAUUGGAGAAGGAAUAUGAAAAACAACAAUCCUCCCUGGUUAAGGAAAUUGUCAAUAUUACCGUUACAUAUACUCCAGUCAUGGAGAAAUUGGCAUUGGUGUUAGCUCACCUUGAUGUUAUUGUGUCGUUUGCACACAUUUCAUCAUAUGCACCAAUACCAUAUGUUAGACCUACUAUGCAUUCAAUGGAUUCUGAAAGAAAAACUAAAUUAGUGGGUUCUAGGCAUCCUGUCUUGGAAAUGCAGGAUGAUCUUACCUUUAUUUCUAACGAUGUUCAUCUUGAAAAGGGGAGUGCAGAUUUCCUUAUCAUCACUGGUCCAAAUAUGGGUGGUAAAUCGACUUAUAUUAGACAAGUGGGCGUAAUCUCCCUUCUGGCCCAAAUUGGUUGUUUUGUUCCAUGUGAUGAAGCAGAUAUUGCCAUUGUCGAUGCAAUUUUGUGUAGAGUUGGUGCUGGUGAUUCUCAAUUGAAGGGUGUCUCGACAUUCAUGGUUGAAAUGUUAGAGACAGCUUCCAUUCUAAAAAAUGCUAGCAGAAACUCUCUGAUUAUUGUUGAUGAAUUAGGGAGAGGUACAAGCACCUACGAUGGGUUUGGGCUUGCUUGGUCCAUUGCGGAACAUAUUGCCAAAAAUAUUGGCUGUUUUACACUUUUUGCUACUCAUUUUCAUGAAUUAACAACCCUAUCAGAAGAACUACCUAAUGUUAAGAAUUUAAAUGUGGUUGCGCAUAUUGAAGAUAAGGAAAAUGUCAAUUUAGAUAAGGAUGAAAUCACAUUAUUGUAUAGAGUUGAACCAGGUAUUUCUGAUCAGUCCUUCGGUAUUCAUGUUGCCGAAGUCGUGAAGUUCCCCCAAAAGAUUAUAAAAAUGGCUAAACGGAAAGCUGUUGAACUGGAAAGUCUAAAGGAAGAUGAAGUAAAUAUCAAAAAGGCUAAAUUAAGCAUUUCCGAAAUUAACGAAGGUAAUAGAGAGUUAAGAAAAAUAUUAAAGACCUGGGUCGCAGAUGCAAAAAAAGAGGGUCUUACUGAUUCAUCAAAAUUGACUGAAGAAGUGUGUAGAGAUAAAGUGGAAGAACUGAUCAAGACAAUAAUUAAAAAUGAUCAAAAUGUUGACCACAAAUACAUGAAUUAUUUGAAAGAAUUAUUCUUAUGA